GGACUAACCCACAAACUUCUCUACACGGGAAUCAGCAAACCAUUCGUGAACUUAAGGUUCUGUGGUCUCUUUUAGAUUAGCAUUAACAUGAUAACCACUGCGAAAUUUUCUGCAUAACUAGUGGAUUGACCAACCCUCUCAUUAACUGCAUCGAUCUCAGCCUUAAAGAUUAUAGGUUAAUCAAACUACUCGAUUUUGCAGCAGGGUCAGUUGGAGUCGCUGCAACUUCCAUAUGGUAUUACACAUGUUCUAUUGACCAAAAUCUGGUGGCGACCAGCAACGAUCCAUCUUUGGUUAAAACAGGUUUCUUCAUGGGAUGCUUCUAUUGCUUUCUAUACUUAAAAAAAGACAUGUUCAUUCAGGAAAUGCAGCAAAGCUGAUAAUGUUUUUAUUUAUUUAUUCUGAAUUGCGAUGGAUGUAGGUGAUGUAUAAAUGAAAACAGGAUUUGCUUGUGUUCUUUGUUACCAUUUCAGUGGCCGUUUUAUACCUAUGAUACCCAGAUUCUUUAAAUUUUUGCAAGUAUGUCUGGUACAUGGGAUAGAUUUCCCAAAUGUAUGAAAAAAAAUCGAGUAUAUCCAACUCAUAUUAGACUUGUAACGGUAUUCGACGCUCACUUUCAAGUCUGGGUUUUCCCUUGAUCUCUACAUCACCUGCUUCUGCAUUCACACGGAAUUUAGUCUGCAGCAACUCUGCUUGAGUUUGAUAUAUAUAAUUGUGUUUGAAUGAAGUUUCUCAAACCGGUAACCUUAAAACUUCAAUCUGGUCAAUCUUAUUUUGGGAGCUUUAAAAAUAAAAGGUUUCAGCUCACUGUCGAAAUGAAAACUCUUUAAAACCUUCUUUAGGAAAGAUAAAAUGGAAUCAAACAUAAACAGGUUUAUGGUAAUUCACAUGCAGCGAUGUAAAUUUCUAGUUCUGCCUGCAAUUACCUUAAUCGCGGGUUAAGGUUUUUGAUCAACAUGUUAGUCUUAACAGUGACAGGCGAACUAAAUUCCAAAGUAGCAGGAGAAAGCCACUUGUCCAUCUUAACAGUGACAGGCGAACUAAAUUCCAAAGUAGCAGGAGAAAGCCACUUGUCCAACAAAACCUACCCAUAGGAAACAACAGAAACAAAACGCCACUGGCCAAAUUAAGAUUCUCCAGCCCUUCCCCCAAAGCCGCCUACAUUUAACUUGUCCUUUGUUCCUCCUCUCCCCUUCAUUCCCUUUACUCUUCCUUCUUAACCUCUCAGUCCGAUCUGAAACAGCAAAGAUGUCUGACAUGGCUGCCUCUGCUUCCAUUACAACCCCUCCCCAUGAAGUCGAUGAAUGCCGAGGUGUCCUUCGUGUUUACAGCGAUGGCUCCAUUUGGCGUUCUUCUAAGCCAAGCUUCAAUGUCCCAGUCAAUGAUGAUGGCUCUAUUUUGUGGAAAGAUAUUGUAUUUGAUCCUGUGCAUGACCUUCGGCUUAGGCUCUAUAAGCCAGCUUCACCUUCAUCACCCAAGCUCCCCGUCUUUUAUUACAUCCAUGGUGGUGGUUUUUGCAUUGGAUCACGUGCCUGGCCUAACUGCCAAAACUACUGCUUCCGCCUCGCUUCAAACCUUCAAGCUGUCGUGAUUUCGCCGGAUUAUCGUUUGGCUCCGGAGAACAGACUCCCGGCAGCCAUUGAAGAUGGUUUCAUGGCUAUGAAAUGGCUCCAAGCUCAAGCUCUGGCCAACAACCCUGAUCCAUGGUUAACUGGUGUAGCGGAUUUUAGCAAGGUGUUCAUAUCUGGUGACUCAGCCGGUGGUACUAUUGCUCAUAAUUUGGCGGUCCAACUAGGGGCUGGUUCAUUAGACCUGGCGCCGGUUCUGGUCCGAGGGUAUGUGCUUUUAGCACCUUUCUUUGGCGGGACAGUGCUAACAAGAUCCGAAGCUGAGGGUCCCAAAGAUGCCUUCCUUAAUUUGGAGCUCAUUGACAGGUUUUGGAGGUUAUCUGUACCGAUGGGAGAAACGACGGAUCACCCGCUAAUAAACCCUUUCGGGCCCGUCAGCCGCCAUCUGGAACAGGUGAAUCUAGACCCUAUUCUGGUGGUGGUUGGUGGAAACGAUCUGUUGAAAGACCGAGGAAAGGAAUAUGCUGAGAGAUUGAAGAACUGGGGGAAGAAGAUCGAGUACGUUGAAUUUGAAGGACAACAACAUGGGUUCUUCACUAUUGAUCCUAACUCUGAACCGGCCAAAGCUUUGAUGGUAAUAAUCAAACGAUUCAUCGUUGAAAAUUCUAGCUAAGAGGAUUUUUUAGGUAAAUAAUUGUCCUUUGUUUGAAUGAUGUAACGUCGGAUUGAUAUUAUAACGUAAUUACAACUUUGGGAAGAGAUGGUGGAUAUUCUUCCAUCCAGUAAACAUCCUGAACAUGUUUUGCAAGUUGAUGUGCAGCUUCAUUGAUCUUGCUAAAA